UUACAAGUUUUGGCAACAUAUAUACAAUGAAAAAUCAACUCUUGUUCUUAUACAUUUUCUUUUCAUUUUUAAUACUUCAAAUUACUAGUCAAAAACAUGCAUGUGACAAAGGCUCUCCUAAAACUAGCAACUUUCCAUUUUGCAAUACUUCCCUAUCAUAUGAAAGUAGAGCCAAGGACUUAGUGUCACGCUUAACACUUCAAGAAAAAUCACAACAAUUAGUAAACCCUUCAACCGGCAUUUCAAGGCUCGGUGUUCCUGCUUACGAAUGGUGGUCAGAGGCACUUCAUGGUGUCUCUAAUGUAGGACCGGGUACACGUUUCGACAAGAGGGUACCCGGUGCUACUAGCUUUCCUGCAGUGAUACUAUCAGCUGCUAGUUUUAAUGAAUCAUUAUGGUACAAAAUGGGGCAAGUUGUGUCAAAUGAAGCUAGAGCUAUGUACAAUGUUGAUUUGGCUGGUUUGACAUUUUGGAGUCCUAAUGUGAAUGUUUUUCGUGAUCCGAGGUGGGGGCGUGGUCAGGAAACUCCAGGGGAAGAUCCUUUAGUUGUGUCUAGAUAUGCUGUGAAUUAUGUUCGUGGAUUACAAGAAGUUGACGAUGAAGCUAGUGUUAAAGGUGAUAGGCUUAAGGUUUCAAGCUGUUGUAAGCAUUAUACUGCUUAUGAUCUUGAUAAUUGGAAAGGCGUUGAUCGGUUCCAUUUUGAUGCAAAGGUGACAAAGCAAGACUUGGAGGAUACUUAUCAGCCUCCAUUUAAAAGCUGUGUGUUGGAGGGACAUGUUAGUAGUGUCAUGUGUUCAUAUAAUAGGGUGAAUGGAAUUCCUACAUGUGCUGAUCCAGACCUUCUCCAAGGAGUAGUCAGAGGCCAAUGGGGUCUAGAUGGAUAUAUUGUUUCAGACUGUGAUUCAGUAGAAGUUUAUUACAACGCAAUUCAUUACACAAAAACUCCUGAAGAUGCAGUGGCUCUUGCACUAAAAGCAGGUUUAAACAUGAACUGUGGUGACUUUCUAAGAAAAUACACUGUGAAUGCUGUAAACUUGAAGAAAGUAGAUGUAUCUAUUGUAGACCAAGCUUUGGUGUACAAUUACAUAGUCCUAAUGAGACUUGGCUUAUUUGAUAACCCAAAAUCACUUCCAUUUGCAAACCUUGGACCAUCUGAUGUAUGCACUAAAGAAAAUCAGCAAUUGGCUCUAGAAGCUGCAAAGCAAGGAAUAGUUUUGCUUGAAAACAACAAAGGAACUCUUCCUUUAUCUAAGACUAAGAUAAAAAACUUGGCUGUGAUUGGACCAAAUGCAAAUGCCACAACAGUUAUGAUUAGCAAUUAUGCUGGCAUACCAUGCCGCUACUCAAGCCCUUUACAAGGAUUACAGAAGUACAUUUCUUCGGUAACUUAUGCGCGCGGUUGCAGUGAUGUUAAAUGCGGUAACCAGAACCUUUUUGCAGCUGCAGUUAAGGCUGCAGCCUCUGCUGAUGCAGUGGUUUUAGUUGUUGGAUUAGACCAAUCUAUAGAAGCAGAAGGGUUGGAUAGAGUUAACUUGACAUUGCCUGGAUUUCAAGAAAAGCUUGUGAAAGAUGUGGCUGCUGCUACCAAAGGAACAUUGAUUUUAGUCAUAAUGGCUGCUGGUCCAAUUGACAUUUCUUUCACUAAAAGUGUCAGGAACAUAGGAGGGAUAUUGUGGGUAGGUUAUCCUGGUCAAGAUGGUGGAAAUGCCAUAGCACAAGUAAUAUUUGGAGACUAUAACCCAGGUGGUAGGUCUCCAUUUACAUGGUAUCCACAAUCUUAUGUUGAUCAAGUUCCAAUGACAGACAUGAACAUGAGAGCCAACAGCAGUAGAAACUUCCCCGGAAGAACAUACAGGUUUUACAAUGGGAAAUCCCUCUAUGAAUUUGGUUAUGGAUUAAGCUACUCUACAUUCUCAACCCAUAUAGCAUCUGCUCCUUCCACCAUAAUGAUCCAGAACAACAUAACAAUUUCUAAACCACUUGAUAUCUUCCUUGAUGAUCAAGCAAUUGAUAUUUCCACUAUAACUAGUUGCUUAAAUUUGACAUUUUCUCUUGUGAUUGGUGUGAAGAACAAUGGACCUUUUGAUGGAUCUCAUGUGGUGUUAGUUUUUUGGAAGCCACCAAGUUCAGAGGUGGUGAGUGGUGUUCCAAUCAAACAAUUGAUAGGAUUUGAAAGAGUACAUGUUAAGGUUAGGAUGACAGAAUUUGUGACAGUGAAAAUUGAUAUAUGCAAAUUACUAAGUAAUGUGGAUAGUGAUGGUAAAAGAAAAUUGGAUAUUGGAAAGCACGCUAUUUUGAUUGGAUCUUCUAGUGAAAAACAAGUUAGACACCACAUUGAUAUUACAAAUGGAAAAGAAUUUAUGUCUGAAAAGAGAGCAAUGGAAGGUUUGAUUCCAUAUCUUAUCCAUGCAAUCAAGAAGCAGAAACCUCAUCACCACAGCUUCCAAAGGAGUGUCUCCCAUUCUGAAAACUCAAACCGUAGCUACCACUUGCUAUUGGAAUCUGACUCCGUCACAGGAUCCUCUCACAGAAGAACCAGGUCAGAUUUUCAGCAACCCACAACUGAGUUCUUAGAACACAGAUUUGGUGCUGAUGGAAGUUUGGUUAGCCCCAGAGGCCUUACUACCACAGCUCCUGCCACUAUCAAUGCUACUGCUGCUCAUGCUACCAAACCAUCAUCAAAGAAUUUCAACAACAUUCGCAAUCACGCAUGAUAAAACAUCAUAGGGGAUAAGGGGAGGCUCAACUUUCCAUAUUUUCUAAGAAAAAUUCUUUUGGGUCUUUUAGAUUUUGUAUGUCUCUUCUAUUUGUUUAAGAUGAUGGGUUAAUCUCAUUAGUCUUGUUGUAUAUUUUAUACUUCUGAUUUUUUAAUUUGUAAGCUUAUCUCUAGGGGAUUAACUGUAAUGAAUACAAACUUUUGUGUGCUCCAAUGAAGGUUAAAAAAAUUGAACAGAAACAA